UCCCCAUUAACUCCUCCUCCUCCUCCUCCUCUGAUCACAACACCUAUCACUAAUGGCUGAUGAAGAUCGUAUGACGUUAGCACCGACAGAAAUCUAUGGACGGAGCGAUGAAGAACAACAGAACGGACCAAAAAUCUGGCGUCGGAAAACAGAGGAGCCUCCAGGAAACUGUCUUGUCUACUCCUUAACAAUCGUCGUCAUCGUCUUCGCAGUCUGCCUCAUCCUCUCCUUGAUCUUUCUCCGUAUCUCAAAACCAGAGAUCGAAACCGUAUCUAUAUCCACAAGAGAUCUCCUAUUCAGCGGCAACUCAACGAACCCUUACUUCAACGCGACGCUAGUGAGCGAUAUCUCGAUUCGAAAUUCGAACUUCGGAGCUUUCGAGUUCGAGGAUACUUCGUUGAGGAUUGUUUACGCUGAUCAUGGAGUUGUGGGAGAGACGACGAUUGGCGGGAGACGGGUAGAGGCUCAUAAGACGGUUAGAGUAACCGGGAUUGAGGCUGAGAUCGGUUCGUUUCGGUUAUUGAAUACGAGGGGUUUGGAUUCGGAUUUGAGGUCUGGGUUUUUGGAACUGACAAGUGUUGCUCAGGUUAGAGGAAGGAUUAAAGUGAUGGGAAGGAGAAAAUGGAAAAUUGGUGUGAUGAGUUGCACCAUGAGACUUAAUUUAAACGGCCGGUUUAUUCAAAAUUUGUUAUGUGAUUAGUAGUUAGUUUUUUUUUUUUUUUGUCAACGAUUAGUAGUUAGUUAUUGAUCGGUUUUGUUAUCCGGUUCAGAA